AUGCCGCAACAAGUGGAACAGAAGACUGUGGACCCUGAGGCAGAGCUCAGUAAUGUGCAAAGAACGUUUCAAAAGUUAGCGCCGACGUGCAGCGUGGAGAAGCGCGUGGCCGGCAUCCCGCAGCUGGCGCCGCAGGAGAAGCAGCUCGCCAUCCUCGCCACUGAGCUCAAAGAGACCUUACUUUGCAUCAAUUUAGCCCAAAAAGGGCAACACGCACUACGCGACAACUUGACCAAGCAAAGCACUCGCAAGUCCAUUGUCGAAUACGAACACCUAGAAAGCGAAUUAAGAGACGAGAAAGCACAGCAAGCCGAGCUCGACUGCCUCAACUACCUCGCGCAGAAACAACUCGUGGAGUUGUUGAAGAAAGUGCCCACUGAAGCUGAUGAAUUGGCAAUGAUAGAGAAUGCAAACAACUGUCUCCGACGCAUGGAGAACCGCCUGGACCUGGCCACGAAGCGGUUCUGCUUGGUCAACACUGACAAUAAGAGAGUGCGCGAGGAAAUAGAUCGACUACUUGUUGAAAGGAACGAUUUCAACAUCCAGUGGAACAGAGCUAUCGGCAAGCUGGUGAAAGGCAAAGAGUAUCUGAUGGAUAUAUUUGAAAUUGCCGCGAACGCUUUCGGAGAUAGAGACGAGUGCUGUCGGAAGCUGGAGGCCUUGAAAUGGAAAGGAUUGUUCCAACUGAACAGAGAUAUAUCGGAAAUGCAAUCAUUUGAAGGAGAAUUAAACCAUUUGGCAAAAUUAGAAGAGUUUCUUAGAGUUAAGGGUUCUAGAAGAAUCUGCGAAGCCGAUGAGAAGGAAGAGAUUAAACGUCAAGAGGAGAUACAGCGCUGUGAGCAGGAGAUCGCUAGAUAUGACGCUUUGCUGGAAGAAAUAUUUCGUGACAUAAACGAAGCAAGAGAAGAGAGCCAGGGUAAGAAGUUGACGGAACUAAAACUAGAUGUGGAGAGAAAACAUGACAAAACGCAACGCGUGCACGACGAGAACGAGUCUGCUGACGCAACUAUUACGAAAGUUCUCAGGGGGAUUGAUGAUCUUGUGAGAUUGGCGAGAUGCGACAUUACCCCGCUACUGUCUCUUUUGGGAAACCAUAAAGAAUUAACUAAAUGGAACGUACGCAAAUUCCUAAGAAUUCUAGAGGCUGAUGUUAAAAGUCUGAUUGAAGUUGUUUAUGGUGCUGUAAAGCCGCCAGCCCCGACACCAAAAGCUCGAAAAGGUCCGGCACCGGUGACAGCAAAGCUCGUGGCUGAUCCAUACGUGGAGACCCUUCGUCCCAAUAAAAUUGAAAUACUGGUUCCCUAUCAACCUUGUGCUUAUUGUGUUGAAGAUUAUAUAAUGAAUUUGGUUUUCGAGACUCCAGCAGUUCCAGCUGAUAAAGAAUACAUAGAAGGUAUCUUACAUUUGGAAGACGUUAACACUACAUUUGGAAUUUUUACCUUGACAAUUCCUGCUAAGCGUCAUCCCUACAGAGGACCUAAAAAGGAC